ACACCGUCUAUAAAUACACGAUUCUCUCUCAAUCUUAAAACCCAGAUCGAGUCUUCCCUAAAAAAAUCUCGAUAUUUAGGAUCAGUAUAACCCGACAAUGGCGAGAGCUGUGAGUUUAUUGCUUCUGCUAUCUAUUUUCUACAUCGCCGGCACAAGCAGUGCUUACUCGAGACCCAGUUCAAGCUACAUUCAGAAGUCGUGCAAGGCCACGACUUUCCCCGCCGUGUGUUUGCAGACUCUAUCGGCGUACUCCAGCAAGAUCCAGCAGAGUCCGCAGAACCUGGCCCUGACUGCUUUAUCUGUGAGCUUGUCCAGGGCGCAGUACGCUAAGGGGUUCGUGUCCAAGAUGACUAAGUUCAAGGGACUCAAGAGGAGGGAGUAUCAGGCCAUUAAGGACUGUGUUGAGGAGAUGGAUGACACGGUGGACCGGCUGAGCAAGGCGGCCCAGGAGUUGCAGCGUUUGAGUGGGUUCAGGGGUGACGAGUUCUUGUUCCACAUGAGCAACGUCCAGACCUACGUCAGUGCGGCUCUGACCGAUGAGAAUACCUGUUUCGACGGGUUCGCUGGGCGAGCCUUGAAUGGGAAAUUGAAGAGCUCGAUUAGAGCCCAGGUUGUGAAAGUCUCGCAGGUCACUAGCAAUGCCUUGGCUCUGGUUAACCAGCUCGCCGCAACUCACUGAGUCGGCUCACUGGUCGAUACAUGAAUCUCUACUGUUGAAUGUUCAGAUGGGUGCAUGAGUGAUACGUUAAUUUCAAUGAGAGUUGGUUUGUAUGCUUUUGUUAUGUAUAUGGUUUGUAGUGAAAGAUUUUCAAUGAAAAGGAAUACAGAAGCUUUCUUCUUCUUCUU